AUGCCCUGCCGAUCUUCUUUGCACCAAGGCCUCUUCCAAGCAUCGUCAUGGUGUGGCUUGGCUGUGGGGCGUGCUGCGUAUAAGCGGUUGUUCGGUUGGUGGUGGGGUGGCAGGCGGCCUGGCGGGGCCACGUGCAAAUCUGAGUUGGAGGUGUCGAAGGGCAGUGCUAGAUCCAGGUUUAGAUUUUGGCUAUCGUGCGGAAAUCUGGUUAUUGUCGCUGGUGAGGUUGAGUUCUCCAUGAGAUGGUAUCAUGGUAUGUUUGCUAGUGUUGGUGAGGGUGCUAAAGAGGGGUGGGUCGGGUGUACUGUUGUCGAAAAACACAAAAAUCGCGUAUUCUGCGGGUUGUUACACAUGCGGGAUGGGAUCAUGCUAACAUUCGGUUGUUCAGGAUCCGCCAUGGUUUUCGUGUGUCUGGGUACGAUACUCAAGUGCGAAGUCAGAGAUAGUAGCCGAGAUGAAGCGGGUAAGUUUAGCAAAAGGGAAGAUGCCGGGUAG